AUGAUGAUCACCGAUAACCACUCCAUUGGAAACCUCCCUUACAACUUUCAGUUACAACACGGUUUCGCACAUCUUCUCUCCGGCACCACCAUCGAGACUCUCCUUCCUGUAAUGUACGAGGCCACCACUAAUCUUGAUUUCUUCAAGAAGACAGCGGCCUUACUUACAGUCUUCCGAUUUCUAGAAAGCGGUCUAGAGAUACACAUCUCGACUCAGAUCCAACAUCAGCACCUGGAGAUCGACCGAUUCCUUGCUUUUCAUACGGAAAAAAUGAGAGUGCAGAUAGAAGAGAGACGAAAGAAAAAUUCAAGGACAAUCAUAGCAGCGUUAGAAGAAGGUAUGACGCAGAGGUUGAGGGAAAAAGAAGAGGAAAUUGUUAAAAUGGCAAAGUUAAAUUGGGCGUUGGAAGAGAAAAUCAAAUCUCUGUGUAUGGAGAAUCAAAUCUGGCGUGAAUUGGCGCAAACUAACGAAGCGAAAGCAAACGCAUUACGCAGUAACUUGAAACAAGUUCUCGAGCAGGUUGUCAACGACGAUUUCCGAAACCGUAACACGGCGGCAGGUGAGGACAAGGCGGCGGACGAUGCUCAGUCGUGCUGUGAAAGCAACAACGAGGAAGUGCGCACAUUAGCGGAACAGGAUAGCAGUAACAGUAAUCUGAUGAUGAUGAUGUGCAAAAAUUGUCGGAAAAUAGAGUCACGUGUGUUGUUGCUUCCCUGCAGGCAUCUCUGCCUUUGUACAGUGUGCGCAUCUUCUGUCAACAUUUGCCCCAUUUGUAAAUCCACAAACAACAUCACCAUUCAUGUUCAAAUGUCCUGAUGCCAUUCUUUUAAAACCUUCUUUAUGUUCGAAUCUUAUAUUCACCCGGAAUUUGUGCAUCAGAAUCUUUCAAUUUAUUUAGUAAUCACAAUUAUUGUAUAUAAUAAUCUAUCUGUAUGUGGUACCA